UGGGGAAGGGGAGAGGGAAGGUGCUCCCAGCUCCCCUCCGGCUCUGCCUUCCGCCGGGGCGGCUGAGGUGCCCUCAGCUUCGGUAGCUGUUGGCUCCUUUCAACAGGUGCGGAUGGAAGAACAGGCAAUUUUCAGAUUAUAAACUCGCCUCUUCUCUGCUUGAGCCAGUUGCAUAAGUUUGAGCAAUCCGUAAGAGAAAGGAAAACUGAGUAGAACUCCCAGAUCUUUUCCCCUUCAGAUAACGCAACAAGUUCCUUACCCCCUGAUCACAUGUAAGGCUGGCUGGAACAACUCGAAACACAAAAUAUGCUUUGGGAGAAGAGCUGAUCUUGUAACUGGAAGAAAAAGAACAAGCAGAUGAGAGAGAGUGUAAUUUGAAAAUCUUAAGAGAGGAGGAAAAAAAGUUCACCUGUUACUACUGCUACGGCAGUGUUGCUGUGUUUCUUUGUUAAAUUCAAAGCCUUGCUCUCAAAACCAGUAAAAAGUGGAAUAAGGAUUGGUUCAUGAUGUCAAAUUUCAAGCAGUCGUUUGACAUAAUUGCUACUGUGCAGUGGUAUAAUCUGUCAUUUUACUUGGACCACAUUUCUUACUGUAUAUCCUUCGUGUUUUAAUCUUCAGGAUGUGUUUGCAAUAUUAAAAUUGUUCAAUCCUGGUAAACAAAAUUGCUAUUUUUUAAAUAAUAUGUGAGAGCCCUGAACUGGGGGCAAACCCAAUUAUUGGGAAGGGUGCUCAGCAUAAGGAAACUUGUUAAGUAACUGGCUGCAACCUAAGUUUGAAAAUUGUUUCCAGUAUAAGCGGUAAGAAUCUUGGCUGCUGGUUUUAAGUGAGCACGAGCCAACUCCGGAACGGUGCUGUAUUAUUUGUAGCCUUGAAGCCGGGUAUGCUUUCACAUCUUGCAGUUGUCAUCGGUGUACAUUCUGUACCUGUUGUCAACUGGGUGGACCCCUUACUGUGCUGGGUAGCAGACUUCAAGGACUCAGGUGGCAAAUUGGUCUCUUGAGCUUUUUCAGACUGAGAUGCUAAUGCCCACACUUGUUUGCAGAGCUCGUUUUUUGGGACGUGAACAGCUGUUGACAAAGAAUUUGAAUGAGAUCAACUCAUGUCUUGCAGACCAUAAAAUGGCCAUCAGGCACUUGGCUUCUUGCGGUAUUCUGAUGACCAGAAUUUCUCCUUUGCAAGUACCUGUAAUGAGCCAUACCUUUGCAAGAACUUUCUUCAACAUUGCUGCUCCACUAGUAAAUAAAAGAAAAGAAUAUUCUGAAAGAAGAAUUAUAGGGUAUUCUAUGCAGGAAAUGUAUGAAGUUGUUGCUGUUGUGGAGAAUUACAAACUAUUUGUUCCUUGGUGUAAAAAGUCAGAUAUUUUAUCGAAGCGCUCUGGAUACUGCAAAGCACAGCUAGAAAUAGGAUUCCCUCCUGUAGUAGAGAGGUAUACAUCGGUUGUUACCCUAGUGAGACCACACUUAGUGAAGGCAUCCUGCACAGAUGGAAAACUAUUUAAUCACUUGGAAACAGUGUGGCGUUUCAGCCCAGGAAUCCCUGGCUAUCCAAGGACAUGUACAUUGGAUUUUUCAGUUUCUUUUGAAUUUCGUUCACUUCUACACUCAAAACUGGCCACGCUGUUUUUUGAUGAAGUGGUAAAGCAGAUGGUAGCUGCCUUUGAAAGAAGAGCAUCCAAACUUCAUGGCCCAGAAACAAGCAUACCUCGGGAGCUGAUGCUUCAUGAAGUUCAUCACACAUAAAAGGGAAAACUCUAACAACGUUAUAAACUUGUGUGUGCACUUCUUUUGUACAAGAGGUGCUGUGCUCCUCCUUUGGGGCAUCGAUUUCCUACCUGAGCUUCGUGUGUAAUUUCACACCGUACAAAACACACCCCUUCAGCCAGACGCAUAUAGGAUGUUCAGCCUGCAGUCGAGUACAACUUAAAGUGUUACCGGUACCGAUGGGCAGCUGCUGUA